AUGAACUCGAUGUCCAAGGCGGACAUGGUUUUGGCCCUUCGCAGCUUCGGCGAGGAGCCCCCAUCAGGGUGGACCAAGGUGGACCUGAUGUGCCGAUUGGGGGAGCUCUCCGACUUGGGGGAGAUCGAGAUGAAGUCCGGGAAGGCGGCCAAAACACCGCUGCAACAGGCGGUGUCCGAGCUCAACAAGGCGAGCCGCAAGAAAUCGGAAUUGGUGCUUCAUGUGGAAAAGAACCUGGGCAUGCUGGUGAGCCCGAAUGCCACCAUAGCCACCAUACAGAAGGACACCUACAAGGAGGAGAGCACGUCCAUCUACCUGAGGCGUUUCGUGGAGUGGAUGCUUCAGAAAGAGGCCUCGGGUACCAAGCCGAAGGUGGUGGUGGGGUCGCCCAAGAAGAAGUCCAACCCCACCAAGAGCCCAUACAAGAUGGAGGCCAAGUCAGCGACAAUGGAGACACCGUCGGCGAGUUCGGCUGCCAGCCCGGAUGCUGUGACCCAGCUCACGGCCAUGGUUGCUCAACUCGCCACCGAGAUCAAGGAGAUGAAGGAGGAGAGGGCGAGCUCCCAGCCGCGCAAGGUCGCAGCGACCCAGGACAUCCCGAUGGUCCAGAAGCCCAAGGACUUCCGCUUAGUCAGACCGCUGCCA